AUGUUAACAAGAGAAAAUGUGGCUACUUCAUUAGGCAAUGAACAACAAUCAAAUUCGGGCGACAAACUUCAUCGAAGAAAUCCAAUUGCUGUUCGACAGGAAAUUCCACCAUUCGAUGAUGUUGUACUUGAAACAAUGGUUGCUGAUGUACAAUUAAAUGAAUUGCCCGGCUUACAAAAUACAGAAGAAUGGAAACGUAUUGCUACUCGAUCUUUUCAAGAACCACCAUCUCCUGAUUCAACAAUUGAACUAAAAGAUGAACCAACACAGCAAAUAUUAGAACUCUCUCAUCAAACACAAGACGCAGAAAAUGAAGACAAUAAAUCAACUGUACGUCUAUCUUUAUGGCAUACACCACAUGGUCGAUUUUUAUUUAUUAUAUCAAUCAUUGCUAUUAUAAUAGCUAUUAUAGUUGCAGUUAUUGUUACAGUUAUGUUAGUUCGAAAACCUGGUCAAACAACAACGGAUUAUUAUUCAGGUUCUAUAGCUGUCGAAGCUCGUUUUGAUUCACAACUAUUAUCUUUAUCAUCAACAUUAACUAUAAAUUAUCAAAGAGAAUUUUGUUCAUUAGUCAACAGAGCACUAGUUGAUGCAAAAACUAAAUAUGCAGUAUUUUAUUCUACUUGUUAUAUACAUAAUUUUCGUAAUGGAAGUAUAAUAGGUGAUUUUACACUUGGUUUUACACGUUAUCAAAAUGUAACACGACUUAAUUCAUUUCUUAGUCGUACAAUAAUUAAUAGACAAUUAUUUGGUGGUACUAUUAAAUCAAUUGUAUUUAAUUCAACAAUAUAUGCGGGUACUAAAACUACUGAUAAUAAUGUUACUUUUGAUGGAACAGAAUUAGUAACUGUAACAGAGUCUGAACAAGAUACAUUUACUUCUUCGAGUUAUGAAUCAAGUGAAAAUGUAGAUGAUGAGUGUACAGAUGAAGAAGAAUUACCCAUAGGAGAUACAGCAACUGAGAAAGAAGAUUUGAUAAGUACAUCAACAUUAUCUAAUGAUGAGCCACCAUACGAUGACAAACCAGGUUUUCCUCCUCCUCCUCCUAAAGGACCACAUCCUUGGGGUUCACAUGAUAAUUAUAAUGAAGAUGAACAUGGUUAUCCGAUAGAUAAUGAGGAACCGCCAUAUGAUGAUAGAGGACCACCAAAACCAAAUAAAGAUUUUACACCAUCGUUCCCAAGAAAAACAAAACAUUCCUCAACAAUUGAUAAUCGUUUCGACGUGACUCCACCUCCAAACCGCCCCAAACCUCCCAAAAAAAACGAACCUGAUGAUAUGAGAAUUCCUCGACCACGACGUAUUGUGUAUCACAAAUAA